CCAUCAUCAUCCAAUUCACUCAUCGACCCCAAGGCCAUGCUCGGAUCGGAUAUCCCCCCGGUUCCCAGAGCACCCAUAACUACUAAAUUCUACUAGUAUCUAAAGACGAUUUGUGAGCAACAAAGCCCUCGUUUAUCUUGCUUCCAUCGGCUGCCCUGUCGAUCAAACGCCUAUUUUUUUUUUACCUUAAAACAAAUUUAAACAACUCGAUAAGACCACAGGUACUGUCUCUCUCUAUAUAUAUUUCUUUCUCUCGUCCUGGCAUACACCAGUCACGUAAAUACCAUACCCCAAGACACCAACUCACAAAACACGACCAAACAAUCCAAAAUGGGAUCCCUGGCCCCCUCGUCAUCCCGGCUCUUCGAGCCCCUUCGCAUCGGCACCAUGGACCUACACCACCGCCUCGUCAUGGCUCCUUUGACGCGCUUCCGCGCCGAAGACGAUACCCACGUGCCACUCCCCUUCGUAUCGACCUACUACGCCCAACGCGCCGCCGUCCCGGGCACGCUCCUCAUCACCGAAGCGACCUUCAUCUCGCACCGCGCCGCCGGCUACGCCAACGUUCCGGGCAUCUACUCGCGCGCCCAGAUCGAGGCCUGGAAGUCCAUCACCUCCGCCGUCCACGCCAAAGGUAGCUACAUCUACUGCCAACUGUGGGCGCUGGGCCGCACCGCCGACGCCGCCAACGCCAAAGCCGAAGGCAUCGAAAUCGUCUCGUCGUCCGCCAACGCCCUCGACUCCGCACACGCCGUCCCCAAAGAAAUGACCCGCGACGACAUCAAGCAGUUCGUGUCCGACUACGCCCAAGCCGCCCGCAAUGCCAUCGAGGCCGGCUUCGACGGCGUCGAGGUCCACGGCGCAAACGGCUACCUCAUCGACCAAUUCACCCAGGACACCUGCAACACCCGCACCGACGAGUACGGCGGCAGCAUCGAGAACCGCUCCCGCUUCGGCCUGGAGGUCACCCGCGCCGUCGUCGAUGCCGUCGGUGCUGAUAAGGUCGGCAUUCGUCUCUCGCCAUUCUCGAGCUUCCAGGGCAUGAAAAUGGACGACCCCAUCCCCCAGUUCACCCAUCUCAUCAAGGGCUUGAAAGAGCUCAAGCUCGCCUACAUCCAUGUCGUCGAGUCGAGGGUCUCGGGCAACGCCGAUAUCGAAUCUACGGAGAAGAUCGACUUCGCGCUCGAUGUCUGGGGCAAGACCAGUCCCGUCCUCGUUGCUGGUGGCUUUAGACCCGACUCGGCGAAACGUGCGGUCGACGAGGAGUACAAGGACCAGGACAUCGCGAUCGUGUUUGGCCGGUAUUUCAUUUCAACGCCUGAUCUGCCGUUCAGAAUUCAAAAGGGAAUCGAUCUCACCCCAUACGACAGGGAGUCCUUCUACAUUCCAAAAUCCGAAAAGGGCUACACCGAUUAUCCUUUCAGCCCAGAGUUUGAGCAGGAAGUGAAGGCAUAAAUUCCCCAGAAGCUGCAUAGAAAGUCAACAAAUCAUAGACUUCUAGACUAGCGAGCGCUAUAUAAGAAUAGAACUACCUGAGCUGCCUGCUGUGAGGCUGAAGCAUUCAGAUCCCAGAAUCAUGCCUUUCACAGCAUUGCCGGCUUGUGAGUCGAUGACAAAUGACCUCCUGCUUCAACAAACAUCCGUUUCUCAAAGGCCAAGUCACGAUCACUCAGACCACUGGCGUGCCAAUCGUCCUUGAGCCUCGUCUUCUCCAAGUCUUCAGCCAAUACCUGCUCCACAAUAUCCUUGACCAUGGCAGGCUGCCGAUAAUCAUAGCCCAGGAAAGCGGACAUUUUGCGUAUCUCCAAUGCCUCACGGCCGGUGCUCGGGUCGCGUAAGAUAAUGUCUCGUGGUCGUUUCUUGUCCUUGUCCUUUCCUUUUGGCUUUAUGUUCUCAGCAGCGGCUUUUUCGUCUGGCCCAUCAACAUGGCCUGCAUGGUCCAUGGCGGGUGAGGUACGCUCGUCGACACCUGAGACGGGCAGAUCGGGUGGCUGCAGCAAUGGAUUUCUCAUGUCGUUCAUGCUGUCCGCCCGGGACAAGCCUGGUACAGGCGUAGCGGAUCCCUUGCGGGGCAUGUUGAUGGCCAGUGAUGGUACGAUAUUUUGGUCCUCAUGUUGAUGCUGACUGAUUUGCGAUGAUGCCUGGGCGAGGAGCGGCGACACAUUGAGGUUUACAUCUCCAUCAACGGUUGGGGUGGCGGCAGCAUCCUCGUCGUCUUCAUCAAAGGUACUUGCAGAGUCGAUGUCGGAGAUGGGGUCUUCUUCGUCAAAGUAUGUCGUAUCCUCCCAAUCCUUUACAUUGGGUGGAUAAGGCGCACGUCGAAGAUGGAUUGUGUUCCAGUCGAUGUCUUUGAGGAAUGGAUGGCGCUUGAUAUCUUCUGCAUCACCCGCAUGCACAAAGUAGCCUUCAUAAUGUGGACUCUUCUUAUCGGCACUGACUUUGACCACUCUACCUCCAAUAAUCUUUCUUUCGUAGUCAUUGACCUGGUACUGCCUGCUACAAAGUCUUCUCUCUUUC